ACCAAAUGAUUUAUUUAACAAAAGGAUCUAAAAGGGAAACAAAAGAUCCUUUUAAAAAGUCCAGGUGUGAACAAAAAUCCAAAAGCAAAACAACAAAAUUCAACAAAAGUCUAGAAGUCUAGCCUAGAGAAAUAGAAAAUAGAAAACUUACAGACACAAGGUACAAAGGAUGACAUAUGCAUACACAAGGGCAGGAGGAUAAUUAGACACAGGUGAGACUAAUGACACCACAUUAAAUGGAAACCCCCAGUAAGUUGAACUGGGAAUGAAACACAAUGGAUGAGGAUUACAAAAUAAUCCAGGAAACUAGGUAGACUCAAGGGAAGGAGUAAUUCAAGAACACAGGGUAGGAAGGAUCACAAAAAAAACAAUAAAAAAAACACAAAUACAAACUAAGGAAGUACGACUAACACACAAGGACGUGAAAGCAGGAGAUAAAAAUGACUGUGUAUAAACAGAAAAUACUCAAACUAAAUGGGGGAAUAUAAUAAUAGAAAAACAAAAGGGACACAAGCAACACAAGAAGUCAAACUAGAGAAUAAUUAAAGAAAGACACAAGGAUGUCAUGAUACAAUAGAAUCUCAUAAACACAGGAGCUAAACAAGGGAAUAAUAUACAUACAAAAGGGAGGAAGUUUAACAAGACAUGCAAUACAAAGAACUACAAAAAUAAUGCAAGAAAGACAGGAAGCUACUAGAAACUGUGAACUAAAGAUAACAAAGAAAGAACCCAUGACCCAGUGCUCAGAGUUAAAGGUGGACAAGGCAGAUGUGAAAUUUGCAUACACUGAAUUAUCUUUCAUAAUCCAGUGUUUCAUGCUGAACCUUUAACCUUUUUGAUUACUCCUUGGGUUUUUUUCUUUAAAUAACUCAUAUCUUCUUCUCUUAAAAUUUUUGCACCCAGGGCGGAUGUUCUAUUUCCCAGUAGAUGUACAAUAGAUGCAUCGAGUUAAGCCCACAUAUUGUAACAAUUGUACACAUCUCAAAUUUAAUGUCCUCUGUUCCUAUCCUCUCCUUCAUUUUCCCUUUUCUUUCUAUAGUUUGGGUCAUGAUUUGUUUCGUUUUGCAGGCUGAUAUUCUCAGUCCAGUGCUAUAAUAGCUAGGAGUCAGUGUGACCCUUUACCUGUAAUCACUUUGGAGAGGAGAUGUGAGGAGAGGAAUAUGUGUAAGAGGGCAGAGAUAGCGUGUUAAACAGCCUUCAACAGCGCACUUCUAACUCUUUUUCUCCUUAUGUUCAGCCCUGAAUGCUGGAGCACAUGGGAUCUGAAGUUAACUCAGGUCACCAGGCUCCAUGUUAAAGCCUAGAUAUGGAUUUGAAGUCGACACUUCUGGUAGUUGGAGGAUCUGUGUGCUCCUUCAAACUGCUGAACACCAUCAUCAGAUUCCUGCCAACACCUGAGCCAGCAUGCAAAAAAAAGUGGAAGUGGAGAAAUACCUGGAUAUCUUUGACUCACAGCUCAUUGACAGGAGCAUGGGCUGUUUUAAGCUUGUACCACCAGCCACACAUGUUGAAGGAUCUGAUCUCCUGUCACUCCUUGUUCUCUCACAGCCUCGUGGCAGUAUCGACAGGUUAUUUUAUCCAUGACCUGUUAGAUUUGGUUUUGAACCAGCCACUUACACAGUCAUGGGAGCUGCUCCUCCACCACUCCAUGGUAAUCUCUUGCUUCGGUUUAGCUGUCACCUCUCGUCUCUACCUCGGCCUUGCUGUGGUCUCUCUGCUGAUUGAGAUCAACUCAGUUUUCCUUCACAUAAGGCAGCUCCUCCUCCUGUCAGGGCACAGGAACAGGCUGGAAACUGCAACUGCAGCCCCCUGUCCCUCUGUGGCCUACAGGCUGACCAGCUGGUUCAACCUGGGAACGCUGCUGGUGUUUCGCCUUUGUACGAUGGGUUGGAUGACUCGUUGGAUGGCGUCUCAUAGUGAAUGCAUGCCUCGCUACGUGUUCAUGAUGGGCACAGCAGGUUUGAGUCUCAUUUCUUGUAUGAACAUGGUGCUGCUUCACAGACUGCUCAGAGCAGACUUUCUUACCAGCACUCACAAUAUCAACAAGGGCCACUAG